CGGAUAAAAUGAUAUUAUGGAACAUUUGUUCCGUGGUCAUCGACAAGUUUCUCUCUAGAUGUAGGCGAUUUCUUUCGAUUUUAUAAUUGUUUCCGUUUUCAUAACUUGAAGGAUAUUUUGGAAAUCAUGGCUUCUCAAACUCCAGUUCAAAGAGAUGUCAUUAUUGCGAUCGACUUCGGCACCACCUACAGUGGAUUUGGAUACGUUUUCCUCAACGCAUCGCAAGAUCAUAUCUACGUGUUUCAAAAGUGGGGAAGAGGACAAGGAAUGGGCUACGGCAAAACACCAACAGCUCUCCUCCUCACCGAGAAAGGCGAAUUAUAUAAGUUUGGACAUGCAGCAGUAGAGAUGUACGGGAAACAAGCGAUGUCAAAGAAGGAUUGUAAAAAGCUUAUGUAUUUCGAUAAAUUUAAGCUGCUGCUCCAUUCAAAAAAGGUAAGUCUGAACCCGUUCGUAAUUUUUCCUCUGUAGUAAUUGCUUUCAUGUCAACAUUUGUUAUCAAUGGUUUUCAGACCAUCGGAGGGUAAUCGAAACUAGCAGUGUCAAGUUGUCUGACACAGUUGCGUUCUACUUGUCGUUUCGUUGGGUGACUCCGACGAAGUUUUCGAAUGAAAUAGAAUAUUCUUACCAAACUAGCGACUGAAUUUCGUCCGUGCCUUUCAAAUUUUCGAACGAGAACGAGACGAUAUGACCCUUUUUUUUAGACAGCGAUGGGCCACCGCACUCAUUCAGAAGCAGUAGUAGCAAGUUAUGUUGACGCAAUUAUUCCUUAUGUCAUCACAGCAAAAUUUUGUGCAGGCCUAUGCCAACUUAACGUUUAGGAGGAGUCAGAGGAUGGUUCUUUAUUCGGUGUUGAAGUUGCAGAUUUUUUGUUUCAUCGGCAAAAAAGUAAAAAUGCUCAAUUCAGAAUAGGAUAUGUCGACAUAAAUGACGAUCAAUGUCCUCAGCGAGCUCCAGCUUCGACCAGAAAGAGAAGAUAUCAUCAUGAGUGCGUGAAAGCCUCUUUAUUUCGCUUGUGAAAUUAUGCAAAACAACGAUGUACAAUGAAAUACUAAGUUCAAUGAUCCUAAUUUUUAUCCAUAUUUUGUGAUCAAUGACACCAAAGUUUCGGAUAAUUUCGAUCCUUGAUCAUCCUAAAAGCUAAACUGACGUCAUCUGAGAAACAUUGGCAUUCGUGGCAUGCAAGAGUUAUUUUUUUGGCCGGGUGGGUUUGUCACCGAAAGGAGCAUAACUUUCAAAAAACGAAAAUAUCGCAGAGGGACAGAAAAGACCUAAUUUAUCUGAACUCACACAGACAUUAUGUGAUCUACUGUCUCUAUUAUCUGAAUUCUUCCAAAUUAAAAUGAAAUUCAUCUGUGCCACGCUCAUUGUUGUCUCCUUCGUAGCCACUGUUUGGUCCCGUCAAACAGCACCCUCUAUUUCCCGUUUAAGAGAGAGCGCGUUGCGUGACGAGACCAAAUAACGGUUGCGGAAGAGACUACGCUAACUGCCGUUCCUCCAACAGAGAGAACUCAAAAUUAUUCGUCUACUGUUAGUUACCUUAAAAAAAUAUAAUUCCGCGUAAUUUUACUAUGAAAAGCAAACUGAAACUCUGUUGUAUCUCUAAUAGACCCUAACCAAAGAUAUAUUGCGAUCUCGAAUAAGUGAAGAUACAUUGAACAAGAGAAAAGGCUAAUAUUUCAAAGAGGGACCCUUAGUUGGUUGUUGCCUAUCUGGACUUUACCCUCUGUGUGUGAAAAACGUGAUAAAAUGCAGGUUGUUUUAUCGGGAAUGAACACGCAAUCUGGUUAAGUCCAAGGUAGCUUAAAGCGACUUUAAUUCGUAGAAAAAGUUAAACGCGGGAGAAUUACGUGGAAAACUCAAUAUCAGUAGCAUUUAGUCCCAUUUGAAUUUUAUUCAGUAGGGUUGGACAAUGCAGUUGGAAUACGUGAUAAAAUGCAGGUUGUUUACAAGAAAAUGACACGUGAUAGAGCAAAGACGGAAUUUGAUCAGUGGAAUACAAUUCAAGCACGUGCAAAAUUGCCUAAUGUUCAUGUAGUGCAAUGAGUGUGUUCUUAUUGACCUUUGGACGUUGUUUUCAUGAUACGUGAUGGAAUGUAAGUUGUUUGGCGUGUGCGUUGUGAGUAAAUGAGCGGAAAAAACACGUUUUAACUUAAAAAUUUAGAUACUUACCUCUCAUAUCCCGAUAAAUCUCGACCUUAAUCGACGAGGCUCUCGCGAAGGCCACAAAGCAUUACACUUAUCAAAUGAGCCCAAAAUUUCUAAUUGAUGUCAUUCUUUGUGCACAGCCCCGCAAUCCAUGACAUCAUUUACAAUAAAACAAUACCCAAACGCUGUGAUUGGUGCAGGAUCAGGCGGUGUGCACACUCCGAUUGCGUUGCAUUGUGGUAGCUUCAAUUUCAAUAUGGCGGUGAGAGCAGCAGAAUUCGGCAGAUUUUGACUGAACAUUCCGUAAAAGUUAGGCCGUUCCUUUUUCGGUUUGAGACCGAUUAUGACCUGGAAAAGGCCUAUUGUUGCGUUACACAGCGUUACUAUUGUAUACCCAAUUGUGUUGUAAAUCUACUUUCCUAAGUAAAAGCAAAAUAGCUAAUCGCGAGUGUUGUAUGGCAAAUCUACUUUUUAGAUCAUUGAAUGAAGGACAGUUGAAUUAGAGCAAUGAAAGAAGUCACUUGACCACUGAAUAACUCUACAUUGCACACGGCGACACGCCGGGUAAGCCGGAAAGCAAAUUAAAAGGCAGUCGAUCGUUAAAAGGUGUUGAUAGGCUUGUGCAACUCCUGCCAUUCGCUUGCGCUUUUAAAUCUUCUGACCUGAAAACUUAGCUGUUAUUAAGAUAUCUUAUAACGACUUUCCUUUUCCUUUAGUUAGUUUCCUGUCAUUUCCCUGUCUGUAUGUUCUUGAGGUUUGGCAAAGUCGGAUGAGAUUGUAUUACAAAAGGUAAUAUUUUCAUGUGUGCGCGCUAUUUUCUCUGUUAAAUGUUAAGCGUGACGAAUUUGGGCUUCUCCUUUCGCGAAUCCCGUAUUUACACCUUUAAGUGAAUGACAUGAAAAGUAGUUCGCGUAUUGGAAGGUCGCUGUCUCUUUGUAAUACGUUUGCAUGUCAAGGGUCGAUUCCCUGUUAAAUCACUCGCGAAUUUGAUAUUAUUCAAACAGCCAUCGACUGUGAGUGUGACUGCUGCCAAAUGAAUAGAUUCUCGGGCAAGGCUGCAGUUUCGAUUCUUUCUGAAUCUCUUCAGUUGCCUCCUAACAACAAAUUUGUCACGGAGGAAUAACAAGAGUUUCGAUGGAACGGCAACAGACAGUGAAUCCUCAUUACAUUCCACGUUUAUUCACGCUAUCUUGCUGCUACCAGAGAUGUUCACUCGACAGCGACAGGAUGCAAAUGACUCACUUUUUGUUUUACAACCAUGAUGUAACGCAAUCAGAGUGCGCACACCGCCUGGUGCAGGAUAUUCAAAUGCUAUGAUAUGAUUGGUGCGAGAUACAUGCCUUAUACCGGCAAUCUGAUUGGUGCGAGAUACAAACCCUAAUACGACUAUCUGAUUGGUGCGAAAUACAUACCCUAAUGCCGCGAUCUGAUUGGUGCGAGCAACAUACCACUCUAUACGCUAACAUAGAGUUCUUUUUUUAUGAAAAGAAAAAACUCAAAAUCGAUUUCAUCCCAGACGAAGAGAUCCCUGCUUUACUGGCCGUGUCGAAGGCGUUUAAGCGAUGUGUUGGCUAUGGCCAUUCGCAGGUUUAGAUCAUAUGUAUCGAUCGCUCAGCCAAAUAAAGCAUAUGAAGUAACUUUGUAAUGCUCUUACUGUAUGUUCGAAAGUUGCCAUCCUUCUUACCGAUCGGUUAUGUCGCAGAAAUCCUUGGCUUUGUGUUUGUCCCUCUUCUGGUCUAUCUGUUGUUUAUACAAGUUUGCUGCUUUCUCUUUCACCGUGGCCUGAAGUUUCAGUAUCUGUUUUCGUGGUUGAUUCUGCUUUUCCUUCAUUUGUGUGUCGAUGUCACAUACUUAUUUUUGUGUGAUUUCUUGGAGAUAGAGAAAUACCUUCGUCCAAGUCUCGGCUUUCUUCCUGGUUCUCCUUUUGCCGUUUUGUUCUCCUUUUAUUCGCUUCAAGAAUUUCCCAGUCUUACUGUUUAGUUUCUUUGCGACAUUAUCAAAGGCAGAUUCUUCGAGGUCUUUAACUAUCGCUCGCAAGUUAGCUCAAAGAACUAUAAUCUACUGACUAUAACUCCCUUCCAUCUUCCUCCAUUCCCAUAAAAGACCCCGUUUAGUUGCAGGGAAAUGUUAUGAUCGUCGCCAUCAACAAAUGGUGCAACCAUACGAAGGACGUUGGACCAGGGGUUCUUUGAGCUUUGAAGAGAUUUGCGUUUGAUCGAUUUCGUGCCAUAUUAUAGACUGUUAGUUACAGCUGCAGGUGACUGCAUUUCAUGAAUGCGGUUUUCCUGCUCAUUGUUCAUUCAUGGUAGUCAUUGUUGUAAAAUAACACAAAGAAUUGACACGGAACACGCCCGAAUUUUAAACUUAGGUAUUUUAAAUCCUUCAAGUUCAUUAUAAUACAUUAUAAAAUAUUAUAUUAUAAUAAUAUAUUUUGUGUGUUAUUACAUGAUACAAAAAAUUUUAGAAUCCUCGAGUUUUGCAACAAAAGACAAUUUUUGCCUGUUUAGUAAACUGAUUUUAGUUCAAUAACAAGCUGGCUGUGGCUUUUUUGACAAAUGAUCGACAAGUUUAUCACGGUGUUGUUCAUUCAAACAGUUUUUACCCAGGACAAAUUUUGUUGGCGGCGCGUCUGAAGAUAUGUCUUCUGCGGCCAAAAUUUGACAAGUCGCGGAAAACCAUCCGCACUUAUAAAAUGUUGGUGAUGACACAAAUUUGUCUCAAUAAACAAAUUUUUCGCUGGUGCGGAAAGGCUCGACCCCGUAACUUACAAAGCUCAAAGAGGGAGAUUUUGCGGAAUUUUCAUUUUGCGAAUGAGAAACUUUGCAGGAUCGAUUUUUUCCGGUUUGAAAUGGUCGAAAAUUCCACUAGGUUCUUACUCAAUUGGAAUUUUCUGUUCGAACAAGAGACUACUAAUAUGGAAAAAUAAUUUAUUCCAACUUUUGGUGUGAGAGAGAUUCGUUGGAAGUGCAUUUUUCGGGCUAAUUUUAGCCUUUUAUCCCAGGGAUUUUAUGUGAAAGGCUCUGAAACCCCCGGGAUUAGCUGGAAGCCCGAAUCACUCUGGAUUCUUGAAUAACCUAUAGACUUUUGUCUCGAUUAAAUCUAUUUAGGACCUAAAUGAGAGAACAGAGGUAAAAGCCAGGAAUGGGAAAAAGUGGCCUGCUUUGGAUGUGUUUGCAAAGUGCCUUGAAUACCUGAAGAAAACUGCGACAGAUGUCGUUAACGAACGGCAUCUGCGGUCAGAAAAGGACAACCCAAACACAGAAGUUAUGUACAAGCCUGAACAGAUUCAAUGGGUGAUAACAAUUCCAGCAAUAUGGCGAAUUUCUGCCAAGGAAUUUAUGAGAAAAGCUGCUUAUAAGGUAACUGAUACCUUCAAGUCUUUUUUUUGCAGUAUUAAGUUAGAUUUAAAGUUGAUGCUCUAAACAUCGAUGCAGUCUUUUUUUAAUGAAACCUAUGAUUCAAAGGGGAAAAAUUUUUUACAAAGAAAUAACAUAUACAAAUUAACUUAACUUACCCAGCUAACAACCUAUAAAUUUAUCUAAAUUGUGGCACAUAAAGCAAAAGAAGGGAGAUUCACUUACUUCAAAAGUUUCUAACUCGUUUGUUUCUUUUAAGGCUGGGAUUGCAAGCCCGGAGGAUCCUGACCAACUCAUCCUUGCCCUUGAACCUGAAGCCGCUUCGUACUAUUGUAGAAAGUUGCCUUUCGAUAUGUUUAAGGGACAAAAGGGGAAAGAGCUGGUGAAGGACACUUUGGACAAAGAAAAAGUUCCAUACAUGGUGGUGGAUAAUGGAGGUGAGUUGUAACUCCUUCAACACAAGGGCCAAAGUGUUCUUAACAGUUACAGAGCCGAGAUGGGACGUUCAAGUAUAAAAUGAAGAAAUUUUCAUGAAGAGAAUAAAUAGAAUCGGAUUCAAAACACACGUGAAGCCUUUGUCAUGUAAUUCUCACAAAGUAUCGAAAGUGGGAGAAAGGAAAGAUAAGCACACUAAUUUACAGGUGAGAUAUUAACUCAAUUUUGCUCCACAGGUGGAACUUUAGACAUCACCGUUCACGAAGUUAAUGCUGAUGACGGACAUAUUAUGGAAAAACACUGUCCCUCUGGCGGUACCUUUGGUGGCAUUCAUGUUGACCAAGAAUUUGAGCAACUGAUGGUAAAAGCAUUUGGAGAAGACUUCAUCAAAAGAUUUAAAGAACAGUUCCCAAGUGACUGGCAAGUCAUAAUGAACCGCUUUGAAGAGCAGAAGAGGGCAGAAGAGGAAGUGGACAACGAUGAAAUUAGUAUCGCUCUCCCUUUAAACUUUAUAAAGUCUUGUUAUCACGACAUUGGAGAUGAUGAUGAUGCUAUCAAUGAGCGAAUUCGGCGAUUUUUUCCUGAAAAUGUGAGUGUUAGCAGCGACUAUUUAAACAUAACCAUGAGAAUGCUUGGCAACCUGCAUCGUCCAAUUGUGCAAAAGAUUGCGGAGCAGAUGAAAGGCUUGCUCGCCAAGGAAAGUCUUCAAGAUGUGAAGACAAUUUUCCUCGUCGGUGGUUUUUCUGAAGCUCAGUUUUUAAGGAAAGAAAUUUCCAGCCGCUUUCUUGAAAAACGCAUUCUCAUACCACCGGAUCCCCAACUCGCCAUUAUUCGCGGCGCAGUAGAGUUUGCCCAAGAUCCGAGUUUACUUCGAGCCAGAGUCAUGGGUAAGACAUAUGGUCUAGAAACCUGGCGUAAGUUCGAUCCUGAAAAACAUCCGCUGGAGAAACGAAAGAUUCGAGGAGAGAAGGUGUACUGUUGUGACAUUUUCUGCACCCUAGCCAAGAAAGGCGAACGAAUAGACAUAGAUGAGAAAAAAACCUACAGCUUUUUUCCCAUCAACCCGGAUUCGACUGAAAUUUCUUUCAAGUUUUACAGCUCAGAAGAGGAUGAUCCUCAAUUUGUCACCGAUCCUGGAGUUGAAAGUGAAAAUGUCCAAAUUUCAAUUGCCAGUCCCAAUACCGCCAAGGGAUGUGACCGAGAACUAAGGUUGGAAGUAAAGUUUGGUGGCACGGAAACCAAAGUUCAAGUCAUCGAUGUCGAGUCAGGAAAUUUUAAAAUGGUAUGUCUUCAGCUCGUUUCCAUGUCUGUGUUCCAUUCCCGUUUCUAUUAGACACUAAAAUUGACUUCUCGAGAGCUGAGUCAAUUUUAUGAUUUAAGAGAUUUUUAAAGCUACCUCUACAGUCGAAUGAACAAUAACCGGUUUAGGGCCGAAAUUUUAGUCGUCAGGGGAGGAGGCGAAAGUCCAUGUUCAGACUUUUAAAUGGUGUAUGGCUUUUGCCUAGCCAUGUCAGGAAAGCGCUUGACUCGUGAGAACGAGGCCACGCCUGUAUCAGCCGACUGAUUACUUCCAAUCGGUCGAGGCUUUUUACCCUGUGCACGUCCAUGCUAUUAUUUGUAUCGCUGAUUUGCUAGGCCCCCGCUAUUCCCUACGCUUUAAACACUACCGUAAAUCGAUCCUAUUUGUAUGAAAUCCUUGUCAGCUUACACCAUUCCUUUUUAUAUUUGGAAACAUUGACUCAUUUAGAAAAUGCAGCCAAGUUAGAUUCCCAAAGUUAACCUGGUUUUUUCUAGUAAACGAUUUGUAUCCGCCUGGGUUCCCCCCAGUUGCUCGUUCACCGGCCCGCAGGGGAACACAUAUAUAUUUCACAAAAAUUAAGUUAAGUUUUGAAUAUGUGAUAGGCUGAACUCACCUCUCAGAGUUGUACAAAUAGGUUAAACUAUUAUCAAAAUAGUACUGAUGAUAAAUCGGACUCCCGCUUUGCGGUUUUUCGAUUUUGGCAAUCGCUCGUAUGAUUACAGACAGAAUUGGACUUUGCUCGGUCCUAUUACUAUUAUAUAUAUUGAUUAGUAUAUAUCAGUCUGGUUCAGCUUUGUUCGCGGCUAAGAAUACUGCAUAAUACCACUUAUUAUCCAACUGCACAAAGCAGAGUAGAAAUAACGCGCGAAUAGAGUACAAAUAUCCUGCGAUAUUGUAUGGUUAUUUGGACAGUAGGUUAUUUUGUACUGUAAAAAAAACCUGUUUAACCAGUCGGCUGCGCGCGAUACGCUUCUCUAUCUACUCUGCUUUUCCCACCUUAUAAGAAAUGAGCAGAAAGACUUAGCAGAAAAAAAAAAGAAGUUGGAUAAUAAAUAACUUAUCAGACGUUUUGGUGUGUAGUAUCGCUGAUUAACUCGUAAAAAUACCCAGCGAUACUGCACACUAAAACGUCUAAUAUGAUCUAUAUAUUUUCUUUGGAAGAUGGACCUGUAAAGUGUGUCCUAAAACAUACGAAAUUGUUAGAAAGGGAUGUUUUCAAAUGCAAGAGGCAGAACUCAAGCCCUGUUACUUGCUUUUUGGUCGAAAUAGUAACAUAACUUUUCGGAUGAAACAGUUAUAAAAUGCAAAUAACAACAAAUAAGUGCUAAGAGCUGUAUCCCUUGUAAAUUUAAGCUGCAUGUUAGAGACAAAUAAAUAUUUACAUGGCAUGGACAAUUUCUCGUUGAAAAGUUUUUUUACAUGUAAAACUAACACAAACAAACAACAAAUAGUAACGCAGUCAACCACGAAGAAGUGUGCGAGUGUUUGCCACUUAUCCUUAAAACGUG